AUGGCCGUUUCCACUAAACGUACUCGUUCUGACUUAGGUUUGGAGUCACUGUGCUCACCCGUGAAGAGAAGGUCUUUCGCCUUAGGUGGUGGUGGUGCCCCUUUGAGAUUGACAAAGGGACGUGGAAGCGCAGCUGCCACUGCUGCGGCCACUGCUGCUGCUGCGGCCGCUGCCGCAGCUGCUACAACUGCUGGCUCAACACCUUAUGUCCCUGCAUCCAGUUGUAGCAGUGGUGGUAAUGAAGAUGCGGUAGAACAAAGUAGAGUUAGUGAAGUGAGAAAGAAAUUAAAUAAAGAUCUUUUACUAGCGGUGUCUCGUUGUUCGGAUUCGGACAUGGGAUCUGGGACCGAUUGGGAAAAUGUGAAAGAGAUUAACGAGAGCCGAAAGAAGGGUGUGUCUUCACGCCCCAGUUCAUUUUCAUCAAAAAGAAAUCAAACCCCUAAGGUUGAUUUAAUGGCAAGGGAACGCUGUUUCGAUUAUAUCGUACAAUCGAUUGAUGAAGUUUGGGCUAGGUACUGUGAUACCACUUCAAAUGCUGAAGCUGCAGUGUAUGGAGGUGUAGCUCGUAAGAACCAUACUACUGUUGAUGCUUUAUCAUCUUCAUAUACCCAUUCGCAGCGUGAUAAGGCCUUGAGAGUAGCAGCUAAUGGAGGAUUUUCUUCAGAAAUUGGUUCCGAUGUGGAUGAAGAACCAUUACAGGAGGACGGCAACAAUGCUAAUUAUGACGAAGUUAAAGAUGAUGAAGAUACGAACACGACGGACUACGAAACCGAUCACAGUGAAUCACGUACUGUAUCGAAUUUACCAGAUUCUGUGAAGUUGCAAUCUUUAAAAUCGAGAUUAACGAAGGCAAAGGAAGAUUUGGAGCAAGUUUAUGAUUCAUCAGAAUAUGCCGAUUGCUGUGCUUUUUGGCAGAGAUGGGACAUGGCUAAAUAUAGUGCUGUUGAAAUGAUGGAAGAGGAUGAUGAUGACGAACUUAUUGAAAAUGUCAUCGAAGAGCUUGAAGAAGGAAGGUGCUACACGAACUGA